AGAACACUGAUCAACUACACAAAGAACAACACCAGUUACAGCCAUGGCUACUCUGAGCUUCAACCCAACACGUAUCAGAACUCCAACGUUCAACCGUUCCAACCCCUCCACAAAACUCACCUCUUCAUCAAAACCCAUCAGAAUCCCAUGCAUCCCUUCCUCCAUCAACCACAGCCACCAAAAACUGAUCCAUUUUCGAGCCAAUUCAGUGUCAGAAACCUCUCUGUCGACCCAGAAGGAAGAAGAGCAGGAAACUCUCGGUGAUGAAGAAGAAGACGAUGACCCAACUGCGGAAAUGAGCUUCCUCGACCCUGAAACUGACCCUGACGCUAUAUCAGACUGGGAGCUUGAUUUCUGCUCUAGACCCAUUCUUGAUGCUAGAGGGAAGAAGCUUUGGGAGCUGGUUGUGUGUGACAGCACGCUCUCGCUGCAGUUCACCAAGUAUUUUCCAAACAAUGUGAUAAAUAGCAUUACUCUCAAGGAUGCUGUUGUUUCUGUUUGUGAUGACUUGGGUCUCCCAUUGCCUAAGAAAAUUCGCUUCUUUAGGUCACAGAUGCAGACAAUUAUUACAAGAGCAUGUAAUGAGCUUGGCAUAAAACCUGUUCCUAGUAAACGGUGCUUGUCGUUACUUCUAUGGCUAGAGGAGCGCUACGAGACUGUAUAUAAGAAGCAUCCUGGAUUUCAAAAAGGAUUCACGCCCCUUUUGGCAUUAGAUAAUCCUUUUCCCACGAAACUUCCAGAGGAUCUUUUUGGCGAAAGAUGGGCAUUUGUCCAAUUACCCUUCUCAGCUGUUCGAGAGGAGCUCACGUCGUUACAGACUAAUACGAUCUUUGGCUCUGGGCUAGAUCUUGAUUUGAUGGGUAUUGAAAUUGAUGAUAAGACGAUGAUCCCAGGACUGGCGGUUGGAUCUUCUCGCGCUACAGUAUUAUCAGCUAUUAUGAAUAGCUUCGAGCUUUGUACUGUUGAAGCAGACACUGCUCGUGGUAGCUUGAUUCUUUCAGUUGGAAUUUCUACUCGGUAUGUGUAUGCAACCUAUAAGAAAACUCCCACUACAACUAGUGAAGCUGAAGCUUGGGAAGCAGCUAAGAAAGCUUGUGGAGGUUUGCAUUUCCUUGCUAUCCAACAAGACAUAGAAUCUGAAGAGUGUGCUGGCUUCUGGCUUUUACUAGACUUGCCACCUCCACCUGUAUAAUUGUACCAGUUAUUAUGGUUGAAUAUUCAGUGAGAACAAAAAUAUUACAACAGAAUCAUUAAAUUCCAGAAAUUGUUUAACCCAGAAUCAAAUUCUACCUGAAGUGGCCAACUAGAAUUGCCAUUCUCAGUCAAAAUUUAACUAGAUUUGACCAUUCCAUGAAUUAAUAUAUUGAAAUUAUGUCA